AGCUUCGAUCUAUUUCUCGCCACACUUUCCAAAGCCAAGGAGUAAAAACGAGACAAGCUAAUCCUUCAACCUAGGGCAACCGGCGGCAAGCUAAUCCUUCAACCUAGGGCAACCGGCGGCCGACGACUGGUGAUCGGCGAGCUAGAGACGGACCUUGAGCGAGGCGGACUAGUGCGACUCACGACGGACGGGAGGUGGUGCAGGACGAAGUCUGAUGGCUUCGGCCGGCUAAAGGCGGCGGCGCUGCGACGGACGAAGUCGGGCUUGGACUGCGGAGGGCAUCUUGUUGGUGGCGUUCAGGCCAUCCUCGGACGGCCUACGCGGGCCGCGCUUGGUGGCCGUCUUCUUGACCGCUGCUUCCGUAGCAGAGCUUGGUUCUCCCACCGGCGACGAGGCUUACGUCAACUAUCCGCCUUGCUCAACUUAGUAGUUUUCGUUGCUAAACUUUGUUUAUGGGUUGAUCGAUUUGAUUGAGUGAAGAUUAAAACAUUGUUGCUUGGGCUCUAUCCUUCCACCAUUGUCCUACUCUCAUAGUUUGGUAUGUUUAUAUUUUUUUUUUAGUUUGUGUAGUUAAUUAUCACUAUGUGUUUAAAUAGUGUGACCUUUUGACUAUAUAUAUAUAUAUGCACAUUGAAACUACGAGUAUAAUUUAGGUCGCUAAAUUAAAUCAAUGAAAAACGAUUGCUAUAAUGGAAUAUAAAUAAACAGGUUUAUGAUGGAUCGUAAUUGGAUGUAUGGACGGCGGAAUACUUCUCAAUUCCUGGAAGGUGUUAACGGCUUUAUAAAAGAUGAUGUGGCGCAUCAAAAGAAACAUGGACAUGAAGGAAUAUUUUGUCCUUGUUCAACCUGCCGUAACACACGAAAAGAAUUUGAUGUUAACGUCAUCCUCGAACACUUGUUUACAAAAGGGUUUCGAAGAGACUACACUGUUUGGAGUUUACAUGGUGAAACCCCGUUGAAUGAAAACAGUUUCAAUCCACCUGUUAGAACAAUCAACUUGAAGCGUAAAGCGGCCGAUGCUUUAAAUAGCUCAAGUACUAAUGAUGAUGUUGAUACAUUUGAUGAUAUCAAUAAUGAUCGCAUUGAAGAUCUCUUAAACAACGUGCAUGAAAAUUUUACAAAUCAACCAAAGUCCUUUGAGAGUUUAGUUGAAGCAGCAAGGGUACCGUUGUAUGAAGGUUCAGAUUUUACCAAAUUGUCUGCUGUGCUUAAGUUAUUUCAUUUGAAAGCAAAAUAUGGAUGGAGCAAUGUCAGUUUUACAGAGUUAUUGGCAUUGCUUGGAGAGAUGUUGCCCAAAGGAAACACACUUCCCGACACCACGUAUAAGGCUAAGAGAAUUUUGUGUCCAAUGGGAACUGAAUGGAAGAAGAUUCAUGCUUGUCCUUCCGAUUGUAUAUUAUAUCGGAAUGAGUAUGAAAACUUGAAUAAAUGUCCAAGAUAUCAUCGCUCACGAUACAAGAGAAAGAUUGCCACAAAUGGUGCUAGUGAAGGUGAAAAUACUAAUACACCGGCCAAAGUUUUAUGGUAUCUUCCGAUCAUUCCACGUUUUAAGAGACUCUUAUUUUAUUCAGAUCAGAUCAGAUCAGAAAAAUUCAGAUUAGAUCAGAUCAGAAAGAUUCUGAUCAGAUCAAAAGCAUUCAGAUCAAAUCAGAAAGAUUCAGAUCAGAUCAGACCAGAUCAGAAACAUUCAGAUCAAAUCAGAAAGAUUCAGAUCAGAUCAGACCAGAUCAGAAACAUUCAGAUCAGAUCAUAUCUGAAAAAUUCAAACAUAAUUUAUCACUUUUAUUAUUAUAUUAAUUGUAAUUUUUACUAUUAUAAUAUAUUUAUUGUUAAUGAUAUUAAUAAUAAUAUAUUAA